GGCUCCGUGCCCGGCCAGCCGCGGGGACAGGCCCGGCGGCCUCUGCUCGGCCCUGCGCGCGCCGCGGCUUCGCGUCCUGGCUUGGCCUUGCAGCCGGCAGGCGGGAGAAUAGCGCGGAGACCCGGGGGCGAGCAGCGGCCCCCCCGGGCCGGGGCAUGUGAAGUCGCCGAGAGCCACGUCCGUCCAGUGAAAGGAGCAAGCCACCAUGCCUGAAGUCAAAGACCUUUCGGAAGCCUUGCCAGAGACGUCAAUGGAUCCCAUCACAGGAGUCGGGGUGGUGGCUUCUCGGAACCGAGCCCCGACAGGCUACGAUGUGGUCGCUCAGACAGCAGAUGGUGUGGACGCUGACCUCUGGAAAGACGGCUUAUUUAAAUCCAAGGUUACCCGAUACCUGUGCUUCACGAGAUCCUUUUCCAAAGAAAAUAGCCAUUUAGGGAACGUGUUAGUGGACAUGAAGCUCAUCGACAUCAAGGACACUCUGCCCGUCGGCUUCAUCCCGAUCCAGGAGACGGUGGACACACAGGAAGUGGCUUUUAGGAAGAAGAGGCUGUGCAUUAAAUUUAUCCCGCGGGAUUCAACCGAAGCGGCCAUUUGUGACAUCCGGAUCAUGGGCCGGACCAAGCAGGCCCCGCCUCAGUACACAUUCAUUGGGGAGCUGAACAGCAUGGGGAUCUGGUAUCGAAUGGGCCGAGUACCACGAAAUCAUGAUUCAUCUCAACCCACAACGCCUUCCCCAUCAUCCGUCGCUUCCACCCCAGCCCCCAACCUUCCCAGGCACAUCUCUCUCACGCUCCCCGCUACCUUCCGAGGCAGGAACAGCACUCGGGCUGACUAUGAAUACCAGCACUCCAAUCUCUAUGCCAUCUCAGCCAUGGAUGGUGUGCCUUUUAUGAUUUCAGAGAAGUUUUCUUGUGUUCCAGAAAGUAUGCAGCCCUUUGAUCUCCUGGGAAUCACCAUCAAAUCUCUGGCAGAAAUUGAAAAAGAGUACGAGUACAGCUUCCGCACGGAGCAGAGUGCCGCGGCCAGGCUCCCGCCCAGCCCCACCCGAUGCCAGCAGAUCCCCCAGUCCUGAGGGGCCGCCCGCCCGCCCACGGGGAGACGACACAGCGCCCGGACUACUGAGCGCCCCCUCGCCCGGCCCCCCCCUGCCGCCCAUCCACACUGCCCUGCUCGGCGCUCCUGGGAGACUCUGGGCAGCUGAGCUGUUGCCUCCUCGGUCAUCAGUCGUCGGUUUCCCCGACGUGACGCCCCCUGCCUCCCCGGGGAUGCUCUUCCUUAACCUCCACUAACCUGUGUGUGCUGUAGUGACCAGCGGCUCCUCCCGCAUCUGUGUGAUGACUAGUCCUCCGACCAACCCUACCCACCACGGGAGCUGUCUGAGGGCCCUGGACAGUUGUCUGGCCACCCAGUGAUGCCACCGGCUCCCUGCCCUCCUGACUCUGCCACCAUGAAGCCAUCGCCUCCUCCCAGAAGACCCUGAGGGGCUGGCGGCCUGGCACGGGGCACCCACCCCCACCCCCCAGCACUGAUGGAUUGCCCCAUGGAACAGGUCUCUCACGCCAGGGACGUCGAGUGCCCGAGAACUUCACAGGGACCCUAAGGAAACACGGAGGACGCAGCCGGUGGUGCCCCAGUGGGCCUGGGCCUGGCUCCCCUCUGACUCACCCCUCAGUUCACACACUGGACGCCCUGAGGACGGGGGCCGGCCAUCCCGCAGCCACCAGCCCAGAGAGGAUUUGCCUGCGGGUGAGGCGGCCAAGUGGCUGGGUGCUUGCGUGGACAUGAACCUGGUCCACUUGCCACCAGGUCCCCUUGCCCAGCCUCCUCACCAUCAUCCCCACAAAGGGCUCAUCUCCACAGUGCUCACGUGCCAACAACAGCUCCAACUGCCCAGCCCCGCACCCCAACCAUCAUCACGUGGGUAAAGAAGCUCUGUGAGCCGGUGCCAAGGACGUGGACACGCGGUCGCCAGACUGAAGCCAGAACUGACCUUUCUGCCACGAGGGCCAGUGACCAUGCUAUCAUUCCCCACAGUGCUGGCCGCCCAGCCCAGCUCCCCACAUGGGCACCGUGGGAACAGGGCCGUUGUCCUCCCGGGAGGCCCGGUCCUCACCCGGUGGCUGCCUUGUCUGGCCGUGGGACUCUGUCCUAAACUCCCAGAACCUGGUAUCUCACACCUUGGAGGUGGGGGGCAGGGGUCAUCAGAUAGUUGGAGCAUUGGAUGUGAGCUUUGACACGUGUCUGGCAUAAGAAAGCAGCCCAGGAGAGGCCCUGCCCAGCUGGGAACAGAGCCCCCGCCCCCUACAGUUCCUCAAAUGACACCGGGGUGGCUGGGGUGCAGUCAGGAGGGGCAGCCUGUGGCUGAGACACAGGGCCAGAGCAAGACAUACCUCACUCAGCCGGCCUCAGCUCCGCCAUCUCCAAACCCUCCGCCUUCCCCCGUGGCUGGCCCUUGAUCUUUCCCUUCCGAUACCUCCUGAUUCCUGUGUGCCACCUCUCCCCGCUGUCCCCGAGACCUGAGGACGUCCCUGGCAGGGCUGGCCUCCCCUGGAACCUGCCAGGGCCCAAGAGGCACAGGUGGAAAUUCCUCGGGCAGACCUUUUGGGAUGGGUGCUCGCCCGGGACUGAGCCGAUGGCUUGGCCUCAGACGUGCCCACUGAAGUGAGCUGUUGUUCCUGGGAGUCACGGGGUAGGGAGCCCCGAGGGGCCCAGAGAACCUGCGUCUGCUGCUGCUGUCAGGAUGGUGGAGCUGGUCCAAAACCAAGAGCGGGGGUGACCCCAUUGCUCACCUCUGUCCGGCCGUGUUGGCUCCGUCCCUCAGUCUCUCCUCACACCCUGGCCGUGGGGUCGUCCCGCCAGGUAACACCUGCAGCCUUUCCGCAGCCUUCCUCUGCUGAGAAGCAAGCGCUUCUGCUCCAUGGGCCCGAGGAGGUCCAGAAACAGUCACGGGGAAAGGGCCUCCCCUCCACCCCUCCACCAGGCCACCCCCGCCAGCCCCAGCCCUCCCCCGGGCCAGGCCAAGAGAGGCAGGGUCCAGGGCCGCCAGGAGAGGACCAGGCCUCCCCCCCAGCAGGCAGCCUCAGCGCGGGGUCUAACCAGUGACUGGAUGGCGCCAUGUCUGCAGCUAAAGAGAGCGGAGCAGCGACGGUGUUGGAGAAGCCAGCGUCCCCAGUGGGUCUUAGGCGGCUCCUGACCUCUGUCUCUUCCCUUCUCAGAGGGGCUGCCCGCCCGUGUGGAGGUGAAGCUCGCCCACCGGGAACUGAGCCCCCUCUUCCCCCUUCCUUUCUGGGACGGUGCUUUUCUCCGCAAACCCUCUGGCCACGAGGGGCGGAGAGGCAGGGCUUCUCUCAGAAACACGAAGGGCAGUGACCUCCACCCUUCCCAGAAGGACUCCCCAGAGCACAGCGUCCCCCGCUGCCACCUCCUCCGUCCCCCGAAAAUUCUAAGCCUGUCUCCACAGGCCUUGGAAAUGGCACAACGGCGGUAAGGAGUAAGCAGCUGGCCCCAGGUUCACUUGCUAAUUUAUAACAAGGUUUUUCCCCCACCCCGAGUCCAGGAACUGACUGUGGCCACAACCUCCUCUCGGAGGGACGGUCAGGACGGCGGGGGGCGGGAGGUGAGGACCAACAUGUCCGAAGCGCCUGCUCCUUGCCGGGCACGCGGCCGGCACUUGAAGCACAUUUUCCUCUGUCAUUCCCACCUGCUUCUCCCCCAAAAAGACACCAAUACCCAGAAGUGGAUGCUGGUUCCAGAUGAAGAUGCUGAGACGCGUCUGCAGGCACAAAGCUGGCGAGCGGCACAGGCGGCCCAGGCCCCGCUCUGUCCCGUCACGAGCACCUGCCUCCGGUGCAGUAACGGGCCGGCGGGCAUGACGGUGUCUCACCGAGCACGGGGCUGCGGGCUGCCCCUCACCGUUCACGGGGAGCCCAGCCUGCAGCUCCCUGGAGCCAGCCGGCGAGUGAGCCUACAGGUGAGCAUGAAAGCCGCGCUCACCUCCCUGCCUGGAGGAGCCGGGCGCCCGUUCUCACCGCAGCUGCCCGCCCCUCAUGGGGCGGCUGGCUGUCCUCACCCGUUGGACCCUGCCAGCCAGGCCUGUCACCACCAGGAACCGGGGCCCGGGCGGGCGGCUGGCUGCACUAGGUUAGGAACAACGUUGUACUGCGUGUAUUUAUUUGAGGUGACUCUAGUACUUGGCAAAGGGAAGUUUCACUGUGUGAUUGUCUUCUUAAUAUAAUUUGUUAAAUAAACGUUUGUUUUAACCUUUU